GACAGUCUAACGCUUUCGACGCGAACAACCUACGAUCAUCGUUUUAUCAAAAUAAUUCGCGACGGUCUGUGUUGCAGCUUGCGGUGCAUAGCACGUCAACAAAUAAUUGACGAUCAACAAAUGAACACCAACUUUUUGUCAUCUACUCGUCGCUCCGGUAACUCGAUAUCUUUGCGGUGUACAACAAGUGAGGAAGAUUAAGUAUACUACACAAAGAGCUAUUGAACAUCUUUGUUUUGUAUCGUUAAACGUAUAAAUAUCAAGUUAAUAGUCGAUUAUAAUCGUGUUAUGAAAGGAAGUGUUUAGUGAACUGGAAAAUAUUGGUGUUUAAAUUAUGAUUCUGUGAUUACUGAUUGUCAACGUAAAUUUUUGAACGAGAUGGUGAUUGCUCAUCAUUGAUAUCUCUUAUCUUCUACUGACGAUCUUUCCAAGAGCUACUAUAAACUUUGUGGCGAUGUUUUUACAAAUUAAGAGAACCAUGUGAAUAAACAGCUAUUAGAGGAUGGCUAGCGGAGCCAGGCCUGGCUCCCUGGUACCUCCCAGAGUGAAUGGAACUGCUUUUCCAGGUUUAGUACUUCCCCCAGCCGAUGACGGUCCACGCGUUGAAUCAUGCACACACGUCGAUACGCACUAUGAUAUUAAAGUGGCCAUCGUCUUUUCCCUUUACAUUAUUUUUGGUAUAGUGUACACUUUUGUAGGAUACCGAUGUUUCAAAACCGUUAUGUUUUUAACUGGAUUUAUUUUUGCGUCGAGUAUAGUUUAUCUGAUAUGCCAACAAGGAGACUUAAUGCCGACAUACGGGAAUGAAGGCGUCUCCUUAUUGGCUGGCGUCUUAUUUGGACUGAUAACGAUGUUGGUACAGUAUGUAGGCUUGUUCAUGAGUGGUCUACAUACAGGAGUUCUUCUAGGCCUUGCUGGCUUAUUUACGGCUGAUCAUUUUGUGGAAACGUCACCGAAGGGAUCUGUAUGGUUGUGUGUUGGUGUCUUACUCUGUUCUGCGCUAACGGUUGCUAUUUUUAAUUUGUACUUUAGAAAAAGUCUCACAAUACUUGGCUCAAGUUUAUAUGGUGGAGCAACAUUAUCUAUAGCCAUUGAUUAUUUCGUAGAAAAAUUGUCAAUGGUAUCUUGGCUGUGGCAAAGGGUGUCUUUGAGACCUGUCCAACCUCCUCCGUGUUGGUUUUCUUGGAUAGUGCUCGGAGCUUGGCCUUCGUUCGUACUGGCUGGAUUGAUAAUUCAGUUUGGAAUUACCGGAAGAGGUAUUCACCACGAAGACGUGAAGGCUGGUAGAAAAAAAUCUAGAGCGGCACCUACGAGGGUGGUGACACGAGCUGAAAGAGCUGAAAUGAAACAGAAAAAAUAUAGAUAUCUUUAUCAAGUUCGUACAGCUCAUGGUGAUGUGAUAAGUCAGAAUUUUGUGCAACAACUCCAAAAAAAAGAAAACAAUGAUAGUCAAGGAGAAUGUAGUACCCUCCAAUCGGAUGCGACUCAUCUUACUAUAUUACCCGAUACUCAACUGGCAGCUUUAACGGAAAGUGAAGAUGAUAGUCAGACAGAAAUAAAUGCUCGACGAUGAAAAUUUAUGCAAUAAAAUUGCAUUUUCUUUCAUCGGAAGUUAAUUAGAUUUUCAAAUCGUUUUAAACAAUUUCAAGCUUUAAGACAAUAAGUGACAUUUUUCUUCGAUGUAGUAGAUGUUCCAUAAAAAGAUGACAAUUUGCUAAAUAGUCCCACAAAACAAUCUAAUCCUGAUAUUAGUCCUGUAGUAUUUUCGUCGAGGAGCAAAAAUAUGUAUAUAACAAAGAAAAUUAUUGAAAUACCAGUUAUUUUCUACAUUUAUCACUAGAAAUAGUUACUAGAUAUAUAGGAAUUGUAAAAAAUAUUGUAAAAACUAACUGGUUAUUGAUAAAUAUGAACUUGAUGUAGAAAAUUAUUUUAAAAAUGUUCUGGUAGUAAUCGUGUUUAGAUAAUUUUAUUCCACACUUUAUUUCAACCGAGAUCUAGAGUUUUAUUGGUAUGUCGGGAACAAGAAUAUGGGAAGACGUAAAUUUUCAUUUAUUAUACUUCUUUAUUCUAUGUAGUGAAAACCAAUACCAAAGACAAAUUUGCUAUCAAUCAAACAUUUAAAAUAAAUGAAAGGUUAUUAAAGUUACACAGGUUCAAAUAAAAAAUAUUUAUUUGUCUUAGUUAACCUGUUGCUAUCAAGUGAGUGGAGACGCACAUGGGCAAAAUUCAAGAAGUAUCGUGGUCAAAAUCCUUCAAGCAAAAAAAGUUUCAGGUAUUAACCAAUUUGAAUGAUGGAACUAGGUAUUUGGAUAUUUAAUCCUUUUUGUGGAAAUUAAUUGUAUAGACGAGACAGAAAAUCGGUUCGAUUUUGGACGUACACCGGUAGACUUCAGCAAGCUAUCGAAGUGAAUUGAAACUUAUUAAGUUUUGUUUUGUGUUUUCAUAGUCAUCGAAGCUAUUCCUAAUGAUAAGUACAAGAUAUAGUAUAAAAGACUAUGAAGUAGUUUGGCAAUUAAAAGGAAGUUCCACAUAUACAUAAAUAAAUAGUUGAGUUGCCUCAAUUUACCACUAACAUUUGUUUAAAACACAUCCGUCCCUCUUUCAAGGUCAUAUAAAAAAAUGUGAAAACGGUUUACUUCUUAUUUUAUAAUUAAGUACAUAUUGUGCUUAUCGUGGUUUUAAAACUACAGUAAAAACUGUAAAUAUUGUUGGAUUUCACCUUCUGUCGACAUAAAGAGUUUUGAAUUAUAUUAGUUUUAUUUGAAAAUCCGCAUUUCUGAAAAAUACUAGAUAAGGUUUGGACUCUAUCCUUUGUGUACACGAGGCCCCGGCAGGGCGGCGCGAGCGCCAUCUAUUGAACAGUCUAAACAACAAGGCGUCAGCCAUGUUGUUGAUGCGUUUCGAGGAGAGAUGACAUAUCGAAGCAUUGCUAGUAACUAUUGUUUGAUAAAGUAUGGCUUUGAUGAGGGGAUAUAAUGAGAAAUUGACUCAUCACGACCGUGAGCGCUAUCAGAAGUCAGGAGUGUGAUUGUGAACCGUUUGAGCUGCGGUACGAAGAUAAGGGCCAAUGGCCACGCGUGACCUAAUUAAACAUAUUGAAGUACCUAGUUUUCCGCACAAGCUUUACGACCAAGGAAGUUAUGAAGCAUUAUAAGAGUUUAGAAGCUUACAAUUUCUUGACCUCUAACCUUGUAUUUCCUCUUCGUGUGAAAGUUUUGCCAGGGGAACGUGUAACAGUGCUUAGCAAGGUUUUUAAUCCACUUGUUGUGCAUGCGGUACCAUAGUGUUUGUGGAUAUUUUAUGUUAAUUUCAGUAAUGUUUUUAUUUUGUCCUAAUGUCUGAAUAACUUUUUUUCUCACUUUCAUUGCUUUCAAUUCUCCUAAGUCAUUUUAUGUGUGUCCUUGUGUCUUUCUAGUCGGUAAAACAAUAUACAACUGAAUAGUGUUCCUUUCUUUCCACUUUAUUUCAAUUUCUCUGUUGAAAUUUAUGUCUGGCGUCCCUAGGAGUAAUUGAGAUUUAUUUCAGAUAUUUAAAAAUCAAACUAAUAAAUUCAGAUCAUCUUUGGAAUUUCAAUAUUUCAAGUCUUUUACGGAGUCUUGUUCAGUCCCAUUAUUUCCUGUACGAAAAACCCAACAUUUUCUCAAGAAUACAAUUUUUUAUCCUUAGAAAUGAGGCGUAGUACUUGAAUUUUUAAUUGUUUUUGGUAGUAGUAACUAGAUUUUUAUAUUACAAUAUUAGAGUCCGAAAUGUUAUUCUUUAAAUAGCCUGAUCAAUAGGUAGUUUGGUGGACCUUAGAAAAAGUAUAUGGGUAGAUUCUUUUUUUAUAACAUUCAUAAAAAGGUGACACAAGUGGUACUAUCCUAUUUAAAAAAAAUUGUUGGAGAGGGUUACGGCCCUAGUUUUGUCUGCCUUUAAAAAAUUAUGGUAAUAAUAAUGCUAAAGUCUUAAGUUCCUUCGAAUGACUAAAGAGGUCGAGUUGAGUCUAUCGACGUCAAAUAUGUGUUUCACUAGACCAAACUUACACCGUAGAAAAUAUUUCCUACCAGAAGUCAUCCAUCGUUAAGAUAGAGGUACAAUAAUUAUAAUAGAAGAAUUCUAACGGAGUAAUCUCAAUUAUAUUUGUAACUAAGGUUUGAAAUAAGUGGUAGUGUAAGUAGAAAUACCAACUAAUGAAUUUUAUUUAUUUAUUAUUCACUUGGAUGUUAUUAGUAAUCCUGUCUAACGAUUGUCCCACACUACAUUUCAUUUAACAACAUUUCUUCAGAAAAUAAGAUAUUAUAUAUUGUUGCUACAUUAUAAUUUUUUUCCAGUAUUGUAAGUAGAUUUUGGUUAGCAAUAACACCAAUAGGAAAUACGACCGCAAAUUAUCAAAUUUUAAGGAUCUUCGGUACUUUAAGAUGCCAAAAAAUAUCCUGAAAAACGAUAAACGCCAAACAAAUUUGUCUGAUUUUGAGAUCAAUAAAUGUUUCGCGGAAGAAUAAUGCCAAAUACCAACUAUUAGAAUGUAAUUUCCCCUGACAAGUUAUAAUUUUCUUUAUUCUUCUAAUAUUUUGUCUAGUAUCUACACUUUAUACUACGAAUGUUAAAUGUUUCUUGGUUUUAUAUGGGACACACUGUAUAAAUUACAACACAAAUAUUUUACGUAGUACUGUUUCUGGGAGCGAAUAAUUCCAUUUGAAGAUUAUUAAACGCGAUUAUAAGAACAAACAUGAAAAAUAAAUUUUCUACUUAUACUUAAUAUGCUUCAAAAUACAAUAAUAAAAACUGCGUUGUAGAGCUGUAGCAAACCGUAUGUAUUCGGAAUUUUUUAAAUAGUAUUGCCUACUAGACUAACUUGAAUCCAAGUCUGAUUCAAAAUACAGAAAAGUGGAAAAAUGUACCUUAGGCAGCUUGGUAUGUAAUGUAUUAUUUAGUUUUCUGCAAAUUACGAAUAUUGCGACACCGCGACGUCAUACCUACUAUUCGUUGCUCUAGAAUAGCACGUUAUGAAGUAUCAGAAGUAACUAAUAAAGUAACGAUACUAUAGUAAUGAGUACUAAUUUGUUUUAGUAACGAAUACAUAUGGUUACAAUUUUUUUCGUUACUUUUACACCUCUACUUCGUUGUUACUCAUGUAAAAAUCAAUGUUUUGUGGGUGAUCAGAUCAUAUUUAAAUUUAGUUUCAAAAAUAUUUUCCACAAAAUUAUAUUCAUUUAUAGCAAUAGUUUACAGCUAGUGAAUAAUUUCACUCCUACUCGAUACAACGUUUUUGCAAUAGAUUUGGGCAUAUACUCAAAGUUUGUUUAAAAAAAAAAUGUUUUUUCUAAUUCUAUAAUUUUUUGUGAAACUUUUUGGUAGAUGAGCAUAUCAUUAACAAGAAGGUCCAUAGCCUUGUUAAUUUCAUCUUUACUUCUUCCGGUCCCUUACUUUUUCUCUCCAGCUCUGGAUAAUUUUCUCUCUAAGGUCUCCUUCCACUAUUUCCCUCCACCAUCCUUUCGAUCUACCUCUUUUCCUCUUACCCUCGGUAUCUUCGAUGCAACUCGUUGCAAGAGUCUCUCUUAAUCCAUUCGUUUUAAGUGACCUAGCCAUUUUGUAACCUUGUCUUUAUAAACGCUCUGAUUGGUGACUCAUUGAAAAGUGUGCAAUUUUCAUGGUAUGAUCUUAUCUCCCAUCCUAAACAUGUCUGUUUUCCUCCAAAAAAUCUUCUAGUAUUUUCCUCUCCCAGAUUUCCAGUUUCUGUUCAGUUUCGUUCACCAUUAUCCAGGUUUCACAGGCGUGUUAGGUAUGUUCGAUGUUAAUAUUCUUCUAAGACUACCUGGCAAUUCUUAGUUCGAUUUCCUUUUCUUCUUGGCAUUUAUUAUCUAGUAGUACACACCAAUAUAUGAAAUUUUCUACUUCCUCAAAUUCUAUUAACAUCUCAUCAUGUUUAUGUACCACAUUUGUUCUUUAUUUUGUCAUUAUUGUGUGAGGAGGCUAUCUCUUCUACUGCUGUUAUUAGUUGUAUUGUGGUUUCUUCAAGCUUUCUUCUACUUCUCGCUGUCAACGUCACAUCAUCAGCAUAACCUAAGCAUUGAUGAUAAAGAGGAUCUGUAUUGGUAUCUCAUAGUCAUAACAGCCAGUAAUUCCUCUAUAAUUUUCACACAAUGUUUUGUCUCCCUUCUUGAAAAUGGGUAAUAUAAUGGCAUUUCUUCAUGCUUCUGGCAUUUUCUCGGUUUUCCAAAUCUGCCAAAGUAAAUUGAAAAUGCCUUCUGUAAGCUGUCAUCGCCAUGAUUUAUUUGUUCUUUGACCUUAUCAUUAUUAAAACAUAAAAAACUGAGAAUUGUAUAAAAAAAUAAAAAUGAUACUGGUCAAUAGAUCAAUAACAAUUUGAUGUAUUCCAAAUGUUUUAUGUACUAUUUGUUAUUCGAAACCAAUUUUGGUUCCAAUGUACUUAGAAGUGACAGAAAAUAUAUUGCCAACAUGCAUUAUCUCAACAAUGUAGAAUGAUUUUGAUUUAAAUUCAUUUCCUUUCAUAUCGAAAUAGAGUAUGAAAAUAUUUUUGAAAAAUCUUAGUUGUAGUAUGACAAAUGGCUAAUUAAAUUCUGCCGGUAUCUUUAGUUCAAACAUUAAGUAGAUUUUGAAUCAGAAAAAACAUUGACGCAUAUUUAAUUCGUCAUUUAUCGCUACAUUUUAUAUCUACAGGAUGUGACAAAAAUGUAAAAUUUUUUCUUGCUAUUUUCUUGUCACAAACUGUAAAAUAUACUGCCAAAAGGAUUGAAGACGUAACAAAUACCUGAUAGCAAAUCAAAAAUCUAUGUACUGGUAUAUGUAGAAUAUUUACUAUAUAAAACCUUUUGAUUACCGAGAAUUUAUCCUUAAUUUCAAACAUACUAAACCCAUUGUUUAAUACCACUCAAUCGUUUUAGUAACACAGUUAUCCUCUUCAGAGAGUUGAAGUCAAACGCAUCUCAGAGAGUAUAAUUAUGUUUGUUUAUUGGUAGUAAAUAGUGUGUUCAAUAUAAAUUGUUGAAGAUGGUUCCAUUUAAUUCAUCUGAAAUCUUUAAUCCAGGUUACUAAACAUUAAGGAUUUUUGGUGAAAUAUUAAUAAUUUUACAAUUAAUAAUGUACUGAAUAUUAUUAAUGAGUGAUAUAUGUACUCGUGAAAAAUAUUUUAUAUAGACAGUGAUUUUUACUGUAAAUAAGCGUGAUUUUGAAAUGGUUGUAAAGAGAAACAUAUAAAUGGGUUGACAGAGAGUAUUCAAGACUGUCGUUUCCCAAAAAUCAUUUUUGAUACAUUGAUACAAAUGCACUCUUAAUCAUUUUAUGUUUUUAUUUGAUAUUCCUAGACAAAGGCUAAAAUUCAAUGUUUAGGCUAAUUUUUUAAUUUAUGUAAAAAAUUUUCACUAUGAAAAUGUAUUAGUAUGAUUUUGCUGAUCUUGUUAAUUAAAACUUAACUCUAUUGACAUAUAUUUAGUUCUGGUCCAAUGGUCUGUGACAAAAGAUCAGUCAGACCUGUGAAGACAUCUUCCAAGAAACAUACUUCUAGGAAAACAAAAAAAUCAUAAUCACAAUACCAGCGUUUGUGGUAGAAUUGUAGUUAGAUAUAUGAAUAAAUUGAGCAAGGGAUUUUGUUCUAUAACUGGGCAUCUUUUAGAAAUUGAAGAAACUCUCGCAGAUUUGCUUUAAAGUUCGCCCACUAUCUUCUAUCUGUGUAUUGUUGGAUUUUUUUAAUGUUGAUGUUACAGUUGCAAAUCGAAUGAAAUGGUUGGUUGUUUGAUUACUUAAAACAAUCAUGAGUAUAUUUGGUAAGACCAAUUCUCACUCCCCUUAUUACUACUAGGAUUUAUCUUGAGGAGCUUCAAGAGAAAAGUGCUUAAUAAAGGUUGUAUCUGAUCUAAUUUUUGGAGGAAUGAAGUUCCAUCUUGUUGCCGUAAUGUAGAUAUUGUGAUCAAGAUUUCAUUCCUAACGAGUAGAUCUGUAUCUGUUAUAUUUUGGGAAAUUGAUAGUUGCAAGAUAAUAAUCACUGAAGAUAUCUUUAAAGCGGAGUACAGAAUGAACGCCAACAUGACGCUGGUUCGCUAGUAAACAUAACCUUAAAAUUGAAUGUAUAUAAUAAAAUUUGAACAGUGAUAAACGAUUUUGAAUUAUUUAUAAUGUAUUAUAUACUUACUUUACUGUAUGGAAUGUAUGAGACAAUAAGAGAACCUGAUUAUCGAUAAGAUCAGGAAGUUAAACACCAGUUCUUGUCAUGAAAUUUUCAAAUUGGGAAAUGAUUCCCUGUCUUUGCACAAUUUUAGGACCCAAUCGAGCAUAUGCGUGGAAAAUAGUUCAAACGCAGGUUUUGGUCUGUGCAUUAAACACACUUGUGUUUUUCCUCGUCCUUCGAACACCAGACAAAUGUGCUUUAAAACUACAUUUUAAACACAAACUUUAGUAUUGAGGUUAUGUAGGCAUCAUUUUUAAAUUUAUUUAAUUCAUAUUUGUGUUUUUAAAAUGGAAUGACAACCGUGCUGUUGAAAAAAAUUAUUCUUUUGCAUUAUUGGAUGCAGAAUCUCAGAAUAUGCAUUAUUACUUGAUGAAGAAGACUAUAAAAGGGCCCAACAAGAUUAUAUAUGGUAAAAAGUAUAGUUUAAAUAAGUGCUUCCACGUAGGGUGUUUAUUUCAUAUUUGUUUCUAUCUACUCAAAUAGAGUACAAAUAAUAUUUCAGAAGUCAUAGAUCGCUGGAUUAUUUUAAAAAUCAGUUUUAGAAUCGAUAUAAAAGAUGAUAAGAACGGUUUUCAAUACUCAAUCGUUCAACUUAAAAUUUUUUUAAUCUUGUCUCUAAUAUUGUUUGUUAAUAUCCAUCUUGUUUCAAGAUUUAAAUAUAUGUAACGCUGUAAUUAUAUGUACCUAAUCUAACUAAUUAUUUGGUUUUUUAUUCUGUCACAUAAAAUCUGUUCGCAUUCUGCAAGGUCAGAGGAGGCAAA